CCUCAAAUAUGUCAAAUCUCCAAGUACAACUAAUUAAGAAGCCUGAUGCCAAAUACCCUAAAGUGAAUGAUGUUUUCUAGGUUAAGACAGCAUCAACACCAACUGCUAGUCAACUUAAGGAUGGCGAAGUAUUUUUGGAGAAUCUAUACUUCUCAAUUGAUGCAACAAUGAGGGUAUGGAUUAGUGGUGCCAAGACUUACGUAGAUCCUGUACUUCCUGGUAACACCAUGUUUGGCUAGGCUGUAUCGAGAGUUCUGGCUUCUAAAAGUUAAAAAUUCUAAAAAGGGGAUUAUGUGAUUGGUGUUGUUAAUUGGACUCUGUAUUAGAUUAUCAGCGAUGCCAAACUACAUCUUGUUAAAAGAGGAGGAGAUAUUGAUGACUUGACUGGAUAUUCAUUCUUAGGUCCAUUAGGAAUUAGUGGAUUGACAGCCUAUAUUGGAUUUGAAGCAAUAGGAAAACCAAAGGAAGGAGAAACUGUAGUUAUCUCUGCAGCUGCUGGAGCUGUUGGAGAAAUUGCAGUCUAAUUGGCUAAAACCUAUUAUAAAUGCAAAGUCAUUGGAAUUGCAGGUGGUCCAGAAAAAUGUGACUAUGUGAAGAAACAAUUAGGUGCACAUGAUUGCAUUGAUUACAAAAAUGAAAAUCUUAGUAAAAGACUCAGAGAAUUAACACCCAAUGGAAUCCAUGUGUAUUUUGAUAAUGUGGGUGGUGAAAUGCUAGAUGAAAUAUUGAUGCAUAUCACAGAUCACACCAGAAUUAUUCUUUGUGGAGCCAUUGCCACAUACAAUUAAACUGGAGAACCAUAUAAAGUCAAGAAUUACCCUAGAUUAAUUAUAAAAAGAGCAGUCAUGUAAGGUUUCCUUUAUUUUGAUCAUCCUGAAUUAUUCAAGCCAGGAUAGGCAACCAUAACAUAAAUGCUCAAAUAAGGACAAUUGAAAAUAAGAUAUGAUGUUCAGAAUGGAUUAGAAUAAGCUCCUAAUGGAUUAGCUAAACUUUUAUUAGGAUAAAAUAAUGGAAAGGUUGUUGUGAAGGCUAAAGCUGAUUAACCAAAGCUUUGAUUAUUGAGUAUAUAACAAAUGAAGGAUUAAUAAUAUUAUAUAUAAUUUCUAUAAUAUCAAUU